AUGUUAUUGGAUGCAUGUAACUAUCCGGAUUUAUGGAAUUUACCCACUUGUAUUCGUUUCGCUUCAGCAUCUAUGAAUAAAACUGAAAAAAUCAAUAUUAUAACAUUAAAAGGAUUAUGUUUUCAAUGUGACUCAUUGGAUGUGAACAAUGCAUUGUCUUCCGAUGAAAAUUAUACCAAAUUUAAUCGAUCAUAUCAUAACAAUGAUGACUAUUCAAUAUUUUUAAAUAAAUACUAUGUAAAUACACAUUUAUUAUUAAAUAUUAAUUUCAAAAAUUCCAAUAAAUCAUUUCCUCAAGCACUAGUCAAUUAUGACAAACAUUUAUCAAGAAAAUGUUUUAAACAAGCACCAACCAUAUUGAUGUUGAUAUUUAAUGUACACAUUUGCAGUCUUAAUUAUUAUGAACGUAUAGCAUUUAAAAAUAUCAUAAAAAUGUUUGUGAAUCUAACAGAAGCUUUAUAUUUUUCUCAUGCAUCAUCUACAUUCAAUGUUGAAGAAGAUGACGUUGACAAUGUUCAUUUGCUGUUGGAAUCACCUACAAUUUACGAAAAGAAAUUAUCUAUAUUGGCUAGUGCUAAAGCUCAUAAUUAUGCCAGAAGCCCUGAAUCGAAUUUUUCACAAUUAGUUAGCAUACAACACAUUGGAUGCGGUAUCAUACCUGAUUAUAUAUUGAAAAUGUUAACUGUAUUAGAGAAGAAACUUCAAAUGGGAUUGGUACCGAUUUGGACAUUGUUAGGUGACACAAAUUUUACUCGUUUUGAGAAAGUUAAACAAAUCAAGUUGGCUGAAUGGAUUGUUGGUGAUCAAAUCCAUAAUUCUUUGCAUGAAACAGCUCCGACAAACAGAGACACUAUGAAAAGACCUCUUGUUAAAAGAUCUGCUGCGUCAUCACGUGAAGCUGGAUAUUUAGAAGAAGGUUCAGGCAUGGUUCCAUUCCAGCAAUUUUCCAAAAUGGACUAUCGUUCAUUUUUAGAACAUCCCAGUCCCGAUCUCAUUCAUUCAAAUAUACCAAGAGUUAAAAAUUACAUAACACCAAUAAAAAUAACAGUUUAUCAAAUAUCCAACGUCCAAAUACCACAGAAUACAUUCUAUGACCUUCAAGAUGGUUAUACACAAAAUCUGAAGCUUACUCUAUAUGCUUCAAAUCGACAGAAUAUUUCUUACAUGGAACUUAAGUCUAUGGAAGAUUUGAAUCAAGCUAUUGGUGAAGAAAUUACACGUGAUAUCAAAAAGUGGGUAUCAUUCGAUACAAAGAAUCAAAUUAUACGACUUAAACCAUUGCCAGAUCAUGUUGGAAAUCACACAUUUAUUGUAUGUGCAACAGACAGGGAUCAGAAUAGAGCUUGUGAACCAUUCCAGAUAAUUGUAAAGCGUCCAUCACCUUUCAGAAAGAAUUUUAUUUUACGUAUACCCCCAGGCGUAUUUUGGUGUUAUCAAAUACCUAUUUAUUGGUUCAAAGAACUGAAAACUCUUUCAUUUGACAAAUUAGACUUGGAAGUGAAAGGUGAUUCACCAUUUUCAUGGAAUGUCCACACUGGAGAAGUAUGUGUAAUAAGCAAUUUGAAAAUAUCACAAAUUAUUACACUUUUCUUUCAUGCAACUAAUGUGAAACUUGCUCAAAGUGUCGAAAUUGAAUUUCGUCUAUCGGCUAAAGUUCCACCAGUUCAACUAUUGGUAACCGAUACUAAAUUACGUAUGAAAUUUCAAUGGCCUGAAAAAUUAAAAAAUUAUGAAUUACAUACAUUGAACAAGAUUAAUUUAACUCUUGCAGAAAUAUUACAAAAUCGAAUUAAUCCUGAAGUUAAUUCAGAGAAAUUAUAUGUAUAUGAGAUUAUACAAUUUAAAAUGCCACAGAAUGGAUCUGAUUUAGCAUCGUUUGAAUUAGAUUGGAUAUUUCUACCAUUAGGUUUACCAAAAGAUGGUGAUGAAAUAUUUCUUCUCUCUAAUGAUUCUACCAUAACUAAUAUCAAUUCAUUUCAAAUGAUACAAAAUACAAAUCUACUUAAUAUUAAUCAACCAUUAAAUUUUUAUGUACAAUCAAAUAACAUACCGAAACUAUCGAAACUAUUAACUGAUUGUCAAUUAUCAAAUUUAGAUAAAGCUGAAACAAUUUUACAAAAUCAUAAAAAUUUAUUUAUUCCAUUCAAAUUAGAAUCUGUAAAAUUAUUAAAUUUAGAAAAUUCAGCUUGUUUUCUAGCUAAAAAAAUCACUAAACAAUUAGAAGAACAAGCAUUUUCAGCUUCUCAACGUUCUAGUGAAAUUGGGACAAAUUUAAGUAGAUGGUCUGAUAGUCAUUUUUAUAUGCCAGCAAAUGUUCAGUUCAUGCCUAAUGUGGUACCUAAUUUCACUGUUAUUGCAGGGUUACGAUUCAAAAAAUCUAUCAAUCCUGAAAAUGUUACUCCAUCUAAAAGAAUUCAGUUUAUGGAAUUAAGAGAUGCAUAUGGACUCAUUCUUGAUGAUUCAAGUUGGAUGAGUUUAACAUCGGACAAUUCACAUUUAAUCGGUUUACCUCUUAAUGAACAUAUACGAAAACAACCAUAUUUAUUUAGACUUUACAUCCAUUCUGUUGAUCAAAAAACUCCUAUUACAAUUGGCUUAACAGUGGAAGUACAAGACUGGUUUGAAAUUAUGAGAAAAGAUAAAUCGUUUCAACCAAAUCAUCGUGUUCGUCUACGUAUCUUACCACCGAUUCAAACGUCAACUAAUCAACCAACUGAAAUAUGGUCAGUUAAACCGUCGAAUUCAUUAGAUUACAGAUGGAAACUUUCAAAUGCAAUCGAUAAAUUUCUUCGUCCAAACUGUUCACCACCUUGUAAUCCAGACGUUGGUAUUUGGCAGAUAACACAACAAAAUGUAAACAGUUUAUCGGUUACAUGGGCUCAACUUUCAUUGCUUCAGGAUCAAGGAAAACAACAAACUGGUAAAUUAGAUGAAAAUAUCCCUAACUGUCCAUGGGAUAAAUUUGAUCAUUUACAGAAUCUACUUAUUUUUGCGCCGACCUUGGUUUCAGCUCAGAAAAAUCUAGGUCUUGUUACCGGUCUUGCUAACAAUGGUCAACUUUAUCUAUCUCCAUGGUCAGCCCCAUCAAAUCAUUUUAGAGCACAUAUAGAAUCAUCUGAACUUGGAACAGUUGAAGCAGCUGUAGUUGAUCGUAUGGGAAGUUGUGCGCGUCAUACUAAUAAAUUUGAAGGUCAAGAUCCAACAGGACAAUCUAUUCAAAACAGAUUAUCGUCAUUCUCAAGUCUCGAUAAUGAUGUGAUUAUGAAUUUCACAGUAUUUACUGGUGAAGGUUUUCGACGUAAAAUAGUGAAUGAUGAUAUUUUGGCAACAAUGUCUCGAAUCAAUGUUCAUUUGUACGAUAUAGGUGGUAGACAAGUAGGCUCAUCACAUUGGAUUGGUUUAGAAAAAGAUAAAUCAACAAUAUUUGGCAUUAUUAUUGGUAAUUCAGUUCAACCUUCAAGUCAUAAAUUCCACAUUACAGAUAAUCCUGAAAAGAAUGUGGGUGUACAGUUUUCAAUAUAUGUAGCUGGAUCCAAUCCACAAUUGCCAAUAAAUUUCAAUCAUCGUGUAGUAAUGCAUUUUAGUGCAGAUCAUAGUCGACCAUGGACAGGAGGGCAUAGUUUAGUGGAUAGAUGGUUAUUAAUUUCAACUUUGGAUGAUUAUCUUCGACCUCAUUGUAUGGGAAGCAUGAUAUGUCGAAAUGAUAUGGACAUUAUUUUGCUUACACUCAACUACCAGGCAUCUGGAUUUUCUGUUAUAUGGGCGCAAAAAUCAGUUCUCAUUCUUACUGAAAAUAUUAAUUUAAAUAAAACCACGGAAACAAUGGAUUCUUAUACCCAGCAAGAAUAUUGGAACCAGUGGUCUAGAAAUAUACAUCAUACAGUAGUUAAACGUAGUAUAAAUUCCAAUCACAUCUCUUCACAAUUAAAAUGUAACAGUCAGCAUGAGAAUUGUUCCUUGUCAACAUCAACAUUUCAUCAUAAUGAGCCGACAAUUAGAAAAAACAAACAUGAGCAUAGAACAAAACGUGCUUUAUUAUUCACUGCAAAAAAUUGUCCUGAACGUGAAAUAUUGAAAUUAGAAAAUCGUCUAUUAUCAGAAAUCCGGAAAGAUUUACAACAACCAUCAAUGGAUUUCGUAAAACAUUUAAAAGAAGCUGGUGUUGGUCAAUUGGAUGAAAUACAAAUUGAACGACUUGGUCCUUGUAUUCAAACACAACAAGCUCCACCAAUAUUUAUACCUGGACCUGGAUAUGAUAAUAAUCAUGAAGUGAUUAGUCCAAGUUAUAAUAACAAAAGAGACUAUAAAGAAUUAAUUGACACUGACGCAUUUGUACCGUCGUCAUCAUCAUCAUCAUCAUUGUCACCUUUAUCUAUAGAACCUGAAAUCAAUAGAUCAAGAAUAAUUCUACUUGGAACUCUUUUACCAAUUUGUAUAUCACUUAUCAUUUUAUUAUUAGGUAUAUUAGCAUUUGUAUGGUAUCGUAAACGUGGUAAAUCUUGUACAAAUGGAUUAACAUCUCAUACAUCAAUUGUGAAUAGUGGACAUAGUGUUGUAAAUCCUGAAACUGAAAAAAUGUUAACAAAAAUAUCUAGUCCAAAAAAAUUAAAAACUAAUGGUCGUCAAUUGAAAAAUACAAAACUAGAGAGGAUGAACAGUGGAAAUAUUUCAACUGGAUCAGAAAAAACAUGUUUAUCUCCCACGAAACCAAUGAUUUUAAUCAAUGAACGACCACCGAUCACACCACCAGACUGUAAUCCAGGAUUUACUGAUUCCACAGAUAGACUUCCAAUGACACAUUUAUCUCAAUCACAAAUACCAUUACAAAAUGCCAAUGAAACACUAAUCACUGGAAUGAUAGAUAUUAGACAAAAUCAGACAAAAACAAGUUUUACAUUACGUCCUGAUCCAUAUAGAAAUUUACCUCCGCCGAUUGAAACAAAACCAGGAAUGCCUCCACCUGCUUCACAAAUUCCCUAUGCACCAUAUCGUAAACUUAUGACAUUUCCUAAUUCAUCCAUUGAGCAUAAUCGAUAGAUAAUUAUCUAUGUCAAUCUAUCUAUCUAUCUGCCUAUCAGAAAAAUGAAAGAUAUAUAUAUAUAUAUAUUUCUGUUGAUCACCUUAUGAAAAUAUAUCAUAUAUGUGUUACUAUUAUUG